CCUUGUGUCAACAUGCCGCUUAACUAGUCAGACUGGUCUGAGUGUUAGCGGCGGCCGACGACUUCUACACACAGGUGCAGGACAAAACAAGUGACGAUGAGCAACCUGAAAGUGCACGUGGUUCGUCUGAAGCCUGGAGACGAGGUGAAGGAGAAGCUGGAGGAGUACGUGAAGCGGGAGGCGGUGAGGGGGGUGGUGGUGAUGACCUGCUGCGGCUCCGUCGUCAGCGCCACACUCCGUCUCGCUGCGGGACCCGACGGUGCUACCAACAAGAUCGAAACGUACAAGAAGCACUUCGAGGUGGUUGGGAUGUCUGGGACGAUCAGCCCGAGUGGGACCCACCUGCACAUCUGCCUCAGUGACCACCAGGGCGCCGUGGUGGGCGGUCACGUCAUGGGCGAUCUCGUUGUCUUCACCACCAUGGAGGUCGCUCUCGGAGAAGUAAUUGAUGUUACACUUGGCCGUGAACACGACCCUGCUACAGGCUUUGAUGAGCUAACUGUCACUAAAGACAGAGCCUAAACCAUAACUCUCACAGGCUACAGUAAUCUUACCGAAGCCUAAGGUAAUCUUUCCACAGGCUUCGUUGAAAUGGCGAAUGAAUGAAAUGGCGACCAAGCCUGAACAACCCCAUCAAGAGCUUCAAUAAACUGACUUAAGGUAAUUAGUCUCAAUAUAAAUGUUAAUAAAUUAAUGAAAAUA